ACCUCCUGCACCAUAACUGCUGCCACCACCCCAGCCUGGCUGCCACCUGCCCAAGGAGACGCCGCCGCCGGACCCUGUCCAGAGUACCCACCCUUCUGCGACCACCAUGUCCCAGACCAAAACACUGAAGGUCCGUGUGACCCUCUUCUGCAUCCUGGUGGGCAUCGUGCUGGCCACAUUAGCCGUAGUGACUGACCACUGGGCUGUGCUGAGCCCCCAGGUGGAGCACCACAACGUCACCUGCGAAGCAGCCCACUUCGGCCUCUGGAGGAUUUGUACCAAGAGUAUUGUCGUGAGUGACAGCAAGGACAAGAGCUGCGGACCCAUCACCCUGCCUGGGGAGAAAAACUGUUCCUACUUCAGGCAUUUUAAUCCAGGAGAGAGCUCAGAGAUCUUUGAAGUCACCACUCAGAAAGAGUACAGCAUCUCAGCCGCUGCCAUCGCCAUCUUCAGCCUUGGCUUCGUCAUCAUGGGAACCAUCUGCGUGCUCCUGUCCUUUGGAAAGAAGCGGGAUUACCUGCUGAGACCCGCAUCCAUGUUCUAUGCCUUCGCAGGUCUCUGCAUCUUCGUCUCUGUGGAGGUUAUGCGGCAGUCUGUGAAGCGCAUGAUUGACAGCGAGGACACCGUCUGGAUCGAGUACUAUUACGCCUGGUCCUUCGCCUGCGCAUGCGCCGCCUUCGUCCUCCUCUUCCUGGGCGGCCUAGCCCUCCUGCUCGUCUCCUUGCCUCGAAUGCCCCAGAACCCUUGGGAGUCCUGCAUGGACGCCGAGCCCGAGCAUUAGUCCUCCUGGGGCCCCCGCGACUCUCAGGGCUUACCUCUCAGGAAGCCAAACCCAGCCCAGAACAUUCUAGAAAGGAGGCAGGAACUUGACCUCUCCCCUGUUCCCACCUGCCCCACAUCAGCUGCAAGCUGCUUGCUCUCGCUGAGCUCUUCUCUGGGCUGUGACAGGCUCCUCUGCAAAUGCAGCCUGUGGACAUGAUCCACAGCGGGAAGGAAGGAGGGCCAGCUCCGCGGGGGCUCCAAGUUGUCCCCACGGGGCUGCUUGUCUUUAAUAAGCUGACUCCUGUUGUCCUCUGUUACCUUAUCGGGAUGCCCCGUGCUCAUUACCAGCUCUGGGUGUUCUCCUGUGUAAAUAGCCAGCCCCUCUCUCCUCUUGGGUGACAGGACGCACGCUGUCCCGUGAGUCGAACGUCCCAUCUUUGGCUCCUAGGAGGCCUGAGAAGCAUUUUUAACUGGGUAUUUUCUGACUGUGAUUUGAAAUAAAAGCUCUUU